GUUAUGAGUAUGUAUGAGACAGUAUGAGUAAGGGACAGUUAUGAGUAUAAGAAAGAGACUGUCUGUAUGAGACACAAUUAUGAGUAUGAGACAAUGUGCAUAAGGGAUAGCUGUGAGUAUAAGAGAGACAGUUGACAGUAUAAGAAAGAGACAGUUAUGAGACAGGAGCAGCUCACAAGUCGGUGCUGUUCAUGUAUCUCUGCAGGUCUGCUCUGCCCCUUCCCAGCCCAAUUCAUCUCCAUAUUCCCCAGUACUGUUGGUGUUGCUAUUGGCUGGACUGGGACAGUCCUGUUUGACAUCACCGCCCAUAAGUGCUGUGGCCCCCAGGCUGGAGAGUGGAGAAUACAGACUGUGAGCUAAAGGGGGAGAUGUGUGAGAGCUGCAGGGACCAGUGAAGGGUUUGUGUACACCAGAUACUAUCCAGAGGGUGGCAGUGAGAUGCUGUCAUUGUACUGCAGCAGAAACCGAAUCACAUUGGGAAAGACCAGGAAUCCUGAAUCACUUCUGCACUUUCAGAAAGGAGCUGCCGAGAUGAGUGGAUUGUUCCCUUCAUCACAACAGUGACAUGUGUUCCUAGAGUUCAUACAUUCCGGCACUCUGCACUGGCUGUUCACCCUCACUAAUAGAGAGAAGAAUCGGUUGCUGCUAUACAGGAUUCCAAGAUUCUUGGGAUUUUAUUUGACGGGGGAAGCAGCAGGAGCAGGGCAGGUGAACUUAAUGUGCAGACGGUUUUGUUACAUCCACUGGUCUAUACAAUAAUUUUGGGAAUUGUUUGGAUGCAUCAUCAGAUCUGGAUUUGUUAAAUUAACUUAAGGUUGGCAUUGUUGACUUCACUUGGAGUUCACCCCAAUAAGAGCACAAUAUGAGACUGCCCUGCUAUCACUUGACUGUCCUUUUCCUGCUCUGCUCUUUGGGAUCCUGUAAGCCUCCUGAGAGAAGUACAUUGUCUCGCCCCCGUGCCAAGCCAGGACCCAAGGAGCCCGGUUUCACCAGGAUGAAGAGGAAGAACCUUGCAGUGGACUUUGUCAUCCCAGCAGCUUUCCGCAAUUCCCUGAGAGAUCUGUUGGGUCUGUUCCCUGCAGGGGCUGUGAAUACCAACUUCCAGGCAAGCUCUAGCCUGGCUAUGGACUGUUGGCCCUUGGUGGGAUCAUUGGAGCAUCCUGGGAGAAUUUUAGUGGAUAUGAAAAGGGAGCAGAAGCCGGCGCCGCUGUCCAAAGUGCUGAAAUCAGGCUUCCUGAAAAGCCUCCGCAGAUCCAAGCAGCUUCUGCUGGAAGUGGGGGAAGAAAUGAUCAGGGAGGGCUGUGGUUUAUCUUUGGCCUCAGAAAUUCCCAAAGAGGGUAAAAAUGACAGGUUUGAGGAGCAGGAGGAUCCCCAAAGUCUUGUUCUAAAGAGAAAACUGGAGUUUGACCUGGCUGAGCUGUUUAGCUGGUGGCUGAAAUCUAAAGAAGGCAGGCUCAGGAUUAGACUGAUGCCCCAGAGAUCUGCCUCCUUCCCAGGGAGAGAGGAUAUACUAUCAGCCGCCCUCAGAGCUUCUCAGCCCAGGUUAACCUUCCAAAUUCUGAGAAAAGGUUAUAAUUUUGCCAAAGUUUCUACAAGCGACCCUCUAAAUAUCUACACCUGGAACAUAUCCUGGACUAUGAAAGAAGCUUUCCCAUUGGCUGGCCCCAGAGCAAGGCAUGAUUUUGACUGUAACUUCGAGUCCCCGUGUGAUCUGGAGUACUCCCUACCACCACAAGGUGCCAAAGCCUGGAGAAUCACCACCGCAGAGGAACUACUACAGCGCUAUGUCUUCAGUGGCCCUCCUGAUGAUUACUCUGAGAAUUCAACAACAGGACAUUUUUUGUACCUGAAUGACUCGACAGCCCACAGUCCAGUACUACUGAGUCCCUGGCUGAAGAGCAGCAGUCGGCAUUGUCUAGUGGAAGUCGCUGUCUACGCCCAGAAGAACGGGAGAUAUAUUGGUAGAGUUCAGCCUGUGAAUAGAACGAGCUAUGAAGUCCUGUUUACACCAAGGCAGAAGAAGACUGGAUGGGUGCAGCUCCGAGGGGCAAUUGGGCACAUGGAGAAGCCCUUCCGGAUCUCACUUGAGUAUGUUGCCGAAGAACGGGGAACAGUCGCUGCUGUUGAUUCCUUCGCUAUUAGGAACUGCAGUCAAGGAAACCUGUCAGGACUGAAGAUGGCACUGGACGGCGUAUUUAACUGCAGAAACGGAAUGGCGAUUAAACUGCGGCAAGUGUGCAAUUUCAUUCCCGACUGCGAGGAAGAAGAAGAUGAAGGAGACUUGUGCAGAAAUCUGCCCCCUGGAUUUUAUUGCAUGUUUGAGGAGGGCAGUUGUGGAUGGGCACUGGACCAUUUUCAUUCGCGGUGGCACAUUGGGCCUGUAGGGAAGUCGCCUGGCUCCGUGCUGUACCUGAAUGUCAGCAACUCCAAAUCUGCUGAGAGGGACGUCCUAAGCAGUGUCUUGUUCCCCGCGCCCCUCAAGAACUCCUCGUGUGAGCUCCGGAUGUCAUUCCUGCUGAAGGGACUUCUGCUCGGAAACGUCUCUGUGCUGCUUGUUGACAAUAAAACAGGGAAGGUGCGGACCCGGGCCCUUUGGAGCUUCGAAAACGGGGAAGGUUUGGGAGUCUGGCAGCACAUUGUUGUCUAUCUUAAGGAUGUCAUGGAGAGGUUUUGGCUUGAGAUCCAUACGUCGUGGUCCAAGGAAUCUGAUUCUAUUAUUGCCUUUGACAAUGUGUCCCUGAGCCUGGGCUGUUACCUAACAAGUAAUGGAGAGCUGCCUUUGCAAACUGUCUCUUACCUUUCAAGCAAUCUCCUAAUGGAGAGCAGCAACCAGAGGCUGAACGAGACAGAACCGGAAGAGCAGGAAGAAGAUCUGAACUUGGGUCUCCACUCCAGCAGUGCAGGUUAUUGGCAUUUUACUACGUGCGGGGCCACAGGACCCUAUGGACCAAGCCAGAAGCUCUGCGAUGACACCUACAAGAACUUCAGUGUAGAGAUAGGAACUGGAGUGCUUAAAGGUGUGCAGAUGUGGAGAGUCCCAGAAACCAACACAUACAGGAUUUCAGGUUAUGGAGCAGCAGGUGGGAAUGGUGGGAAGACUCCCACACUGGCUCAAGGCAUCUCCAUAAUUGGGAUCUUCGAGCUCCAGAAAGAUGAUCUCCUGUAUAUUCUGGUUGGGCAAAAAGGAGAAGAUGCCUGCCCCAGGGCCAGUUCUGUUCUGCAGAUGGUUUGUAUUGGGGAGAACACUGAGAUUGAGGAUGAAUUGCGGAUUAACGGCAGCGUGAGCGAAUGGGCGGGUGGAGGAGGUGGCGGUGGAGGAGCAACAUACGUAUUUAAGAUGGAGAAUGGAAAGCCUGUGCCUUUACUGAUAGCAGCAGGAGGAGGAGGAAGGUCGUACCGCUCCAAGGCCAGCGUGAUCCCUCCUGAGAGGCUGGAAAGCAAUUUCUCCAUCCCAGGACUGAAUGGGAAAUCAGGGGCAGCAGGUGGAGGCGGCGGAUGGAAUGAUCGCACUGUUUUACCUUGGGUUGGCAAGUCCCUAAUGGAAGGGGCCAUUGGUGGAGAAUCCUGCCCCCAGGCUAUUAAGAAGUGGGGCUGGGAGACUAGAGGCGGAUUCGGAGGGGGCGGAGGGGGAUGUUCCUCAGGAGGAGGAGGAGGGGGAUAUAUUGUGCUAAAUAAUGGGUUAUUUUGUCUUUUAUGUGCAGGAGGAAAUGCUGCUGAUGGUAACAGCCAAGAAAUGGAUGGACUGGAAGGUGUGUCCUUCAUCAGCCCCCGUGGGGUUGUGUAUACCCCGCCCUUAAAAGUGAUAGAAGGGCACGGAGAGGUGGAGAUCAAGCUGCACCUCAACUGCAGUCACUGUGAGAUGGACGAGUGUCUCCUGGAAGCCGAGAGCAAGAGAAUCGUUUGCCUGUGUGAGCGCGGCACAGUCCUGGCUGAGGAUGGGGUCUCCUGCAUUGAUGAAGCGCUACUUCCAGCCCAGGAGACGCAUCUGCCGUUGUCGCUGGUUUUGUCAAUUGUGACGUCGGCCCUGGUGGCUGCUCUCAUACUGGCUUUCUCUGGGAUAAUGAUAGUGUAUCGGAGGAAGCACCAGGAGCUACAGGCGAUACAGAUGGAGCUGCAGAGCCCGGACUAUAAGCUCAGCAAGGUCAGAACCUCCACCAUCAUGACGGAUUACAACCCCAACUAUAGCUUUGCUGGGAAGAUCACCUCUAUUGGUGACCUCAAGGAAGUGCCCCGCAAAAAUAUUUCCCUUAUAAGGGGAUUGGGGCACGGGGCAUUCGGAGAAGUGUAUGAAGGGCAAGUGCUGGGUUCUGCAAAUGACCCUAACCCUUUAAAGGUGGCAGUGAAGACUCUUCCGGAGGUUUGUUCUGAGCAAGAUGAACUGGACUUUCUAAUGGAAGCUCUGAUCAUAAGUAAAUUCAACCACCAGAACAUAGUGAGGUGCAUUGGCGUGAGUCUGCAGGCGCUGCCCCGAUUUAUUCUCCUGGAGCUCAUGGCCGGAGGGGACCUUAAAUCCUUCCUCAGACAGACGCGACCCAGGCUGAACCAGCCUUCCUCCAUCACUAUGCUGGACCUAUUAAACGUGGCCUGUGACAUUGCCCAAGGCUGCAAGUAUCUGGAAGAAAACCAUUUCAUUCACAGGGAUAUUGCUGCAAGGAAUUGUCUCCUAACCUGCCAGGGGUCUGGAAGGGUGGCCAAGAUUGGAGAUUUUGGAAUGGCUCGGGAUAUAUACAGGGCGAGCUAUUACAGGAAGGGAGGCUGCGCAAUGCUGCCCGUGAAGUGGAUGCCACCCGAGGCCUUUAUGGAAGGAAUCUUUACAUCUAAGACUGACACAUGGUCCUUCGGAGUCCUGCUCUGGGAGAUCUUCUCUCUGGGAUACAUGCCGUACCCCAGUAAGAGUAACCAGGAGGUGCUGGAGUUUGUAACAAGUGGAGGAAGAAUGGAUCCCCCCAAGAACUGCCCGGGACCUGUGUAUCGCAUUAUGACCCAGUGCUGGCAACAUCAGCCAGAAGACCGGCCAAAUUUUUCUAUUAUACUGGAGAGAAUCAACUACUGCAAACAGGAUCCAGAUGUGAUUAACACUUCGUUGCCAGUGGAGUACGGCCCCGUGGUGGAAGACGAGGAGAAGCCCCCUAUACGCUCAGAUGACCCGGACGUGAUUCCGCCUCCGUUAGUUUCACCAGAAAAGGCCGUUAAAGACGACCUGCGGCCCCUACAUUCUCCCCCACCGGUUCCUCCCAACCCCCGAGGGAAAAUACCCCAUAAAGUGCACACAGAACCACAUGCUCCCGCCAAAUCCAGGCUGUCAGUGGGUGGUGGCCAUGAUAACAAGGUGUUUGCUCAGUCCAACUCCCAGUCAGAGCUUCACAGCAGUCGAGGCUCCAGGAACAAACCGACAAACCUCUGGAACCCGACCUACGGCUCCUGGUUUACUGGGAAAAACGUGGGGAAAGCUCCUGCCUCUCCAGAUAAACCGACCCCCGAAAAAGAGAGCCCAGGCUCAGUAAAUGAGGGGAACUGCACAGCUGCUACUCGCGUGGCUGGGAGUAGACUCCCUGGAUCCUCUGUACUACUGGAGCCAUCAACACUGACUUCAAAUGUCCAGGAAGUUCCUCUCUUUAGGCUCCGCCACUUCCCGUGCGGCACAGUUAAUUAUGGCUACCAGCAGCAGGGCUUACCUGUAGAGCCGCCUGUGGCCCCACCCCCAUGCCAACAAAUAGACUCCACCCCUAGGAGUACAAGUAGCAGUGCCCAGGAGAAACUCUAACUCUCAGACAAACAAGGAGGCUCUUUCUAGUAUCAUUCUUAUAGAGGAGAAGGCAAACAAGAUUUUUUUUUGACGCGUCGCGCAGCCACGCCCAUCACAUCCAUAUCGACUUUCCAACGCAUGACUCCGCUUCUCCAGCUUCAUUAACCAAACAGAUCUUUGAGGCUUCAUCUCCCGGAAAUAAAAAUGGAAAUUACUGGGAGAAAAACGUCUGACUAUAAACCAUUAAUUCCAACAAAAUAAACAGGAUUUCUGCUUCCCCAGACGCCCUGUUUCUAUUGGUCAUUAUGUUAUGGGGAAGUCAAAGGAGAAUCCAAAAGAAUUCUAAUGUUAUCAUUACAUUGAGGCGCGUGUUUUUGUAUCCAGUCCAUGUAGGAACGAUUUGCUUUGGAGCGGAAGUCCUGUUUCUACUGUCAGGGGUUUGUUUAUUUUACUGUGAUGUCGGCAGCCCUGUUGCACCUUUAUUUAAAGGGGACCAGUUACCCAAAAAAAAAAUAUUCAAAAUCCUAUUAUAUCACAUUUGUUAAGCAAAAUUAACUUUAAUUACACUAUAUAAAUUAUUUCAAUGUUGUUUCCUUUAGUCUAGGAAUUCAUAAUUAUAGCAAGCAGGCAGGAGCCAUUUUGUGGACACUGUUAUUAAGGCAAGUCUUGCAAUCAUCUGUUUGUGCACCAGAAUGGGGGACCUGAUGUCUAUCCCCAUGUACCGGUUAAACAAUGAAAUGGUUAAAAGAACGGGGGAAUGUGGGGAGAGCAGUGACAUCUAGGAAGUGCUGAAUGGAAAGUGAAAGUAAUUGCUUGCCCCGCCCCUAUGCCUAAGGCACAGAGGAGGGGCAGACAAUAUUUGAUUG